ACAGGUCCCGAAAUGCACAGCGCUGGCCGCGACGUCAGAGUGACGGACGUCCCCUCCCAUCUGUGCUCUGCUGCUGGAUGUGCCUGAGCCUCCCGCUGCCGCUCGGAUCUGGUUAAUAUGCAUGAGGCUGGCUGGCGGGCACACCCCUCGGUGUAUAGAGCGGCGGGGCUGCUGCUGCCCAUCUCCAGCAAUUAAGGAGGGAGCGCUGCUGCUAGAUCACCAGCAUCAUCUCCAUGAUGGCGCAGGGCAGUGCCGGGGCUUCCUAGAGGCGGCCCCCGUGGAAUGCUCUGCGUCCCCCCGUGGAAUGCUGUCUCCGGAAGGUUCGCGUGGUCCCGAGUCACAGCCCAUGGAGCAGCAGGCGGCAGCCGGGACCCUGGCGGGGGAGAAGCGGCGCCCGGACACGGAUGGAGGCGCAGCGCCGGCCACCCUGCAGCUCCCCCCGGUUGUGAGCGGCCAGAGCUCGGCGUCCAGUGCGAACUCGGCGCUGCUGCUGAGGAGGAGGCGGCGGCGGCUGAAGAGGAAUCUGUCAGCGAACCCCCUGGGCAGCACGGCGGCCGCCGCCCCCUCAGCAUCCUCGCCGGCCACCCCAGGGCCCGGCUCCCGCAGCCUGGACAGGAAGCUGCUGCUGAAGUACAAGCAGUGGGCGCAGCUGCAGCCGCAGGAGCGGGAGUGGGUGCGCGGGGAGCUGCGGCGGGGCUGCGUGCACAUCUACCAGCGACACGCGUCCCCCGGACUCCGGCCGCUGCUCUGCACCUCGGACACUACGGCCAGCGAGGUAGCCGCCCGCCUGCUCCGGCCGGGGGGAGGCUCGUCUGGAGCGCUGAGGGUGUUAGGCCAGGCCCCCGAUGCUGCCGCGGCUGCCUCCAGCGGGGACAGAGCGGAGACGGAGGUGUUCUCGGGCGGGGGUGCCUGGACCGGCAGCACGCAGGAGCCGCCUGAGCUCGGAUGCCCGGGGAGGGAGUGCUGGGAGGAGGGCAGCGGCACGGCUCUGCCCCGGGACUCUGACAGCCUGAGCCCCGCUGUGUGCCAAGGACUGGAGCUCUUCCACUGCGGGGCCGCCUCCUCCUCGUCCUCCUCCUCGGUGGAGGAGCUGAGCGCCGAGCCGCAGCCCUGUGUGGCGGUGACCGUCCCGGCGCGCCCCCUGCACCAUGCCCCGGCCCCCGGCGCCCUGUAUGUGCAGCUACACGGGGAGAGCAGCCGCCGGCUGGAGCCACACGAGAGGCCGCUGCUGGUGCAGAACGACUACCUCUUCCAGCUGGGAUUCAGGGACCUGUGCCGAGUGCAGGAGGAGGGCAUGGAGCCGGAGAUCGGCUGUCUCAUCCGCUUCUACACAGGAAAGACUACUGGAACUGGUUUCUCUGAUCGGACUCAACUUUCUGGAACCUAUAACGUUCGGAAAGGAAAGAUGCAUAUACCAGUAAACAGAUGGACGAGACGACAAGUCAUCCUCUGUGGGACCUGUCUGAUUGUAUCAUCAGUCAAGGAAAGCCAGACCGGAAAGAUGCACGUUCUCCCUCUGAUUGGUGGAAAAGUGGAAGAAGUUAAAAAACAUCAACACUGUUUGGCUUUCAGUUCAUCUGGACCCCAGAGUCAGACAUACUACAUCUGUUUUGAUACAUUCACAGACUACUUGAGGUGGCUGCGACAAGCAUCCAAGAUUGCGUCACAGCGUAUCAGUUCUGUGGACCUGUCCUGUUGUAGCUUGGAGCACCUGCCUGGAAACUUAUUCUACAGCCAAGAUCUUACUCAUCUGAACCUGAAGCAGAAUGUUCUUCGUCUCGGUCCGGGCCCUGCCGCUGAGGGGGCACUAAAUGACCUUCAGAGGUUUACAAAGUUGAAAAGCCUCAAUCUUUCCAACAACAAUCUGGGAGAAUUUCCACUGGCUGUCUGCAGCAUCCCUACUUUAACAGAACUCAACCUUUCCUGCAAUGCUCUUGGUGUUAUCCCUCCAGCCGUGGGCGACAUGAACAAUUUGCAAACGCUUCUUCUAGAUGGCAACUACCUCCAGACACUCCCUACAGAAAUGGGGAAUAUGAGCCAGCUAAGCUACUUGGGCCUGUCUUUCAAUGAGUUCACUGAAAUACCUGAAGUAUUGGAGAAAAUGGCUGCUAUGGACAAGCUGUGCAUGCCUGGGAAUUCUUUGCACGUGUUAUGGCUAAAGACCCUCAGACGAAUGCCUCAGAUCAAGCAUGUGGAUUUGAGGCUGAAUACGAUCAGAAGUUUGUUGGUAGAUGAAGUAGACUUCCUGCUUCAUGUCACCCAGUUGGAUCUGCGAGAUAACAAGUUGACAGAUCUUGAUGUUACUUGUUUAAGCAACUUGGAAGUCCUGCACUGUGAGAGGAACAGAUUGACCUCCCUUAAAAUCAGUGGAUACUACCUGAAGGCUCUUUAUGCAUCAUCUAACGAGCUCACCCACCUGGAUGUGUAUCCGGACCCUUCGUAUCUUGCUUUCAUGGAUGUUUCCAGGAAUUGCCUGGAUUGCCUGCCUGAAUGGGUUAGUGAGCGGAAAAGCCUUGAGGUGCUGGAUGUCAGCUACAAUCACCUGACUGAGCUUCCUGCCCGGCUGUUCUGUGCCAGUGGUCUGCGGAAACUGCUUGCAGGAUAUAAUCAUCUUCAUCGGCUUCCAGAACAUGUUGAGCGCACCCAACUUGAGAUACUGGAUGUGCAGCAUAACCAGCUCCUGGAGCUCCCAGCCAACUUGUUGAUAAAAUCAGACAGUUUAAGAUGCUUGAAUGCCUCAGCCAACAAUCUGGAAAUGCUUCCUGCAGCAUGUCUGUCUGAGGAGACACAAAGCUCAUUACAAGAGCUAUAUGUGACCAAAAAUAAUCUCUCUGAUAAAUGUGUGCCACUCUUAACGGGACAUCCCCAUCUGAAGAUUCUGCAUAUGGCCUUCAAUCAUCUACAGACCUUUCCAGCAAGUAAAAUGGCCAAACUGGAGGAGCUGGAAGAGAUGGAUAUCAGUGGAAACAAGCUGAAAGCCCUACCAACCACCAUCAUGAACUGCAGACGUAUGCACACCAUCAUUGCCCACUCCAACUGCUUGGAAGUCUUCCCUGAAGUUAUGCAACUUUCAGAGCUCAAGUGUGUGGAUUUAAGCUGCAAUGAACUGACUGAAAUCACAUUGCCUGAAAACCUCCCACCUAAAUUGCAAGAACUGGACCUAACUGGCAAUGCGCGGCUGCUGCUGGACCACAAAACCCUGGAGCUGCUUAACAGUAACAUCCGAUGUUUCAAAGUGGACCAGCCUUCAUGCGGAUUCUCUGCCAGCGAAGCCUCUGGAGCCCCUGCAGUGUGGAGCCAUGGAUACGCUGAAGCUUCAGGAGUCAAAAACAAGCUGUGUGUGGCUUCCCUGCUAGUCAACAACUUCUGUGACAACCGAGAGGCUGUGUAUGGCGUGUUUGAUGGAGAACGUAAUGUGGAGGUGCCCAGUUUGUUGCAGUGCACUAUGUGCGAUAUCUUGGCUGAUGAGCUUCAGAAAACAAAGAAUGAGGAGGAGUACAUGGGGAAUACCUUCCUGGUCAUGCAGAGAAAACUAGGCACUGCCGGGCAGAAACUUGGAGGUUCUGCCGUUCUUUGCCACAUAAAGCAUGAUCCUAUGGACCCGGCAGGCUGCUUUACACUGACUUCUGCCAAUGUUGGGAAAUGCCAGGCUGUGCUCUGCAGAGGUGGAAAACCACUGAACUUGUCCAAAUCUUACACUGUGAGCUGUGAGGAAGAACUGAAGCGAGUGAAACAGCAUAAGGCAAUUAUAACGGAGGAUGGUAAAGUGAAUGGAGUUACCGAUUGCACCCGAAUUUUGGGAUACACUUUCCUUCAUCCUAGUGUUACGCCAAGACCCCAUGUUCAGUCUGUUGCCCUCACCCCUCAAGAUGAGUUCUUUAUUGUCGGCAGCAAAGGCUUAUGGGAUAGCCUUUCAGAGGAAGAGGCAGUUGAGACUGUGCGGAAUGUGCCCGAUGCCCUGGCAGCUUCUAAGAAAUUGUGCAGCCUGGCUCAAAGUUAUGGCUGCAGUGGGAGCUUGUGUGCAGUAGUUGUGCAGCUGAAUGUUACAGAAGACUGCUUCUGCUGUUGUGAACUUAAUGGUGGAAUUCCUCCUCCCAGCCCUGGCAUCUUCACACCAUCAGUUAAUGUGGUUAUUAAGGACCGUGCUCCAGAUAGCCUAGGCAUGCCAUCUUCUAGCAGUGGCUUGGCUUCUGAAAUCAGCAGUGAGAUUUCAACUUCGGAAAUGAGUAGUGAAGUGGGGUCUACAGCCUCUGAUGAGCCUCCUGCAGUUUCUCUUCAUGAGAAUGGAGUUGGCCCUGUAGGAUGCCCCAGUGAGCAGAGGUGUACACUGCAUCCUGUUUGUCUUUCUAGCUCCUUCCAACGACAGCUGUCUAGUGCCACUUUCUCCAGUGCCUUCUCAGAUAAUGGUCUUGACAGUGAAGAUGAGGAGCCCAUUGAAGGUGUGUUUUCUAAUGGAAGUAGAGUGGAGGUGGAAGUGGACAUUCACUGCUCUCGAGCCAAGAAUUGUGUGCAGCAUGCACCUACACAUCUUCCAGAGGCCACUGACGAGGGCAUUGUUAUAAGCGCCAGUGAGGAUGACCCUGGAGGUUUGUGCAGGAGGCCAGACUUAUCCUCCAGUGCACUUGGUCGUCAUAGAAGAGGAAAUGGCUCAGUGGCAGCUUCAGAAAAUAGUCACAAUCUAAUUGAGAUUGCAGCAGAUGCACCCUUACGAAAGACGGGUGGUUAUUUUGCAGCACCUGCUCAGCCAGAUCCUGAUGAUCAGUUUAUUAUACCUCCUGAACUUGAGGAAGAAGUAAAGGAGAUUAUGAAGCAACAUCAGGAACAGCAACAACAGCAGCAGCUUCUGCAUCACAGGCAAUAUCAAAUGGAUCAGUUACCAGACUACUAUGAUACACCACUAUGACACUUUCAGUCCCAUUGAGCACAUUUUAAAAGAACUCUCUGAGCUUCCUUUUUUCCAGUAAUCUGGACUAAGCAGAUUUUAGGUACUUUUUUUUUUGUUUGUUUUAUUUUGUUAUUCUUUAUUGACGCAUCUGAGCUCUUCUUCCUUUUAAUCUUAAUAACCCAAUUUUUCAUUUCUAUCCUGUACUAUUUUCAUAACUUACAGUAAACCUCUUGAUUAUUUUUUUUUUUUUUUUUUUUUUUUUUUAAACUAACCACCAGCUUUCUUCUACAGUCGCUUUAACAAUCUUUUUAUCACUGUUUUCUGUAACAUAUCAUGUUUAAGGAAACUAAAGUUUGAAGAAAAAGGUUUUGAUGAAAAAAAGUUUAAUAUAUUGCAGAGAAACAAAUAAUACAGAUUUGUAAUAUUUUUUAAGAAAAAAGUAGUUUUGUUUAUUUGAGAAACAAGACCAUGUGUGGCGAUGCUAAAGUCUUGUACCAUAAAACUUUUUGGAAGUGAGAACGAUAACUGACUGCUGAUUUGGUAGAGAGUGGCUGUGGGAAGUGCUAGACAUUAGUAGGUCAAUAUGACUUUAACUCUUAGGAGUUGCUUACUUCUUCCGGUGACCUUAAAUCACGGAGUUUCACUAAUUUUCUCUGAGAGAACAGUUGAUUAGGAAAUUAUGGCUCUUUCACUGCUGGCAGAAACUGCCAGGUUACCCCAGGCAGCAUCUCCCAGCAGUUUAAGGGUUAAUGUAUAUAGCUUAUAUAUUGUAUAGUGUUCAUUAUGAUAAACUCUGUGGUGUUGCAGCCAUCAGAAGGUUUUUGCCAGAGAUCCACAGCAAGAAGAUUUUGCUCAAGCUAUGUGUUCAUUACUGGGAAAAUGUAAUAUAUUUUUAGCUUUGAAAAGGCACAACCAGUAUAAAAUUGCUAAAUUGGAAGAUUUUUUUUUUUUUUUCCUCAGUUUAAUUUUAUAUCAAUCAAGCUACAGUUCAUGAGAAUGGCUGUGCUAUAAAAUAAUGUGAUUUUUCUUGAAAAAUUAAAAGAAUGAAAAAAAUAACAGUGAAUAAAACAUUAUCUGCUGGACUGUUUUUUUCUUUUCUCUUUUCUGGACUGUGUUCUGUAUUGCUGCCCCCACAAUCCAGCAUGAUUGUACAAAGCCUACCCAGAGUUCUAUCAAUGCAGAAUGCACAAAGAAAAAUGUCAUCAUUUUGUUACAAUAAACAUCAAACUUUACAAAUAACAAA